AUGGAUAACAACCUAUGGACUCGCCGCACUAACUCAGGCAAGCUUUCCCUCUCGACCCCCAGCCAUGGCAAUUCGACGUCAACGGGCGGCGAUUCCGCCCGCAAUGGCUCCGGCUCCUUCUCCAAGAGAUUCGGCGGCGCCACCUCCUCCCAAGGCAAAAAUGACCCCUUCAGUGCGACGGCCGCUACGACGCCCGGCGGCGGCUCCUCUUUAGCUUCCCCCACCACGGGAGCUUCCAAUGCCUUCGGUCUAGGCUCCGGAGCUUUUGCGUCCUUCGGUUCUGCGAAAACCCCCAAGACCCCUGGCAACCCUUUCGAGCUUGCCAUGGGCAAGGCACCUGCGUCCAAGACCCCCGGUGCCGACGGCAAGGCCCCCUCAAUGGCCUCUAUCGCCGAGACCGGGUCGUCCGCCAACUUCCGGACCGGCCAGGGCUCUCAGACCAGCUCCGCCCGUGGGUCGUCUGAGGUCGCCCGCCCACAGGCCGGCCUCAAGGUGCACCCUCUGAAAUAUGAGUGGGUUACCUGGUGCCGGCCGUGUCAGCCCAAGGGUCAGCCGUACGAGGAGUACGCCAAGUCCCUGACUGCCAUGGUGCACUGCAAGUCCAUCGAGGAGUUUGUCGUCGGCUUCCGCCACCUCAAGCACCCCUCGGAGUUGCCUGUGGGAUGGGAGUACCACUUCUUCAAGAGAGGCAUCAGGCCCAUCUGGGAGGACGAGAUCAACCGCAGCGGCGGUAAAUGGGUCCUGCGUCUGAAGAAGGGCAUUGCCGACCGAUACUGGGAGGACACGCGCUUUGCGCUCCUGGGCGAGGCCUUCCAGGACGUCGGCGAGGAGAUCUGUGGUGGCGUUGUCAGCAUCCGCAACGGUGAGGAUGUUAUCAGCAUUUGGACUCGUUCGACUGGCGGCCGCGUGCUGAAGAUUCGUGAAACCUGGAAGAACUACCUCCAGUGCCCGCCCAACACAAUCUUCGAGUUCAAGUCUCACGACGAGAGCAUCCAGCACCGAGCCGCGAUCGAGGAGUCCCGCCGCGAGAAGCACCAGGACAAGCGCAAGCAGGCCCCCGGCGAUGAGCAGAAGCAAUCUAGUUAG